AUGGAGGUUUUGAGUUUUGGAGGUUUCCAGUUGAGGAAACAAACACUUCUGUUGCAAGGAGAAGUGAGGAGAGCACAUCUCAAGACGUGUCUGGAGAGGCUGAAGGAAAUGGUACCUUUGGGACCAGAUUCGACACGACACACGACCCUUGGGCUCCUGAGACGUGCCAAGGCUUACAUCAAGAAUCUCGAGGAGAAGGAGCGGCAAUACGUGAACACCAAGGAGAGCCUGACCGAGAAGCGGGAACUGCUUACCAUCCGGUUCCGGCAACUGUCUGCGAGUCUAGGACUGGUGCAGGGCAAUGGGGAACCUCUGGAACCCGGGACGAGCUUCCGGAACCCGGCGGACCCCGCGACUGGCGCUACUGCAGGUGGUGGUGGUGGUGGUGGCGGCGCCUAUGCCGACAGUCUGAGUUCCGCACGGUCCACGUCGGCCACGUCGUCGGCCUACUCAUCGCGCGGCUCUUCUUACAGCCCCUCCAUCGGAUCUCGGCCCGACACCCCGUCCAACUCUCAAGGGUAUCAGAGUCAGAGCGGGGCAUUGGACUUCUCCCUGAAGACGUCGGCGUUCCAGCCAACACCCGGUGCUGUCCGGAGUGGACAAUUCGCUUUGGAAAACGAACCGCGCGGACUGGACCUGCGAUGUUACGAACAGUCCGUCGCUGAGCUUCGCCCCUACGAGCCUGUCCUGCCUUUCCAAGGAACAAUGGAAGGACCCCUUGAUCUCGGAAAAGCUUUCGUGCCCGACCCGACCCGAGACCGCGGCGGGAACUUGCACUCAGUGACGGCGUACGUCUCUCCGCCCGGCGCCGGAUUCGACUGGGCGCGAGCAGCACCGCCGUUCGCCGCCUUCCAACAAUAG